CUGUGGAGGUCUUGGGGUUCUCGGGCUCGUGGGGCACCAUGGACACAUCUAAAGAAAACUGCAUUUCGGGACCUUUUAAGGCUACAGCUCCACUGGGGGAUGGUCCAAAACGUGUUCCAGUGGCUCAGCAGUUUCCCUCAUCUGCAAGCAGUGGCCAGGCUCAGCGAGUCUUGUGUCCUUCAAAUUCCUCCCAGCGAGUUCCUUUACAAGCACAAAAGCUUGUCUCCACUCAGAAGCCUGUGCAGAAGCAAUCUCAGUCAGCUGCCAUUGCUCGGCCUCUCUCCCGGCCCGUGAGUAACCCCCAGAAGAAUGAGCAGCCUCCACCAUCAGCCUCUGGAAAUAAUCCUGAAAAGGAAGUGGCCUCAAAAGAGAAAAAUGAAGACUCAAAAAAGAGGCAGUGGACUUUGGAAGAUUUUGACAUUGGUCGUCCACUGGGUAAAGGAAAGUUUGGUAAUGUUUAUUUGGCAAGAGAAAAACAAAGCAAGUUUAUCCUUGCUCUUAAAGUGUUAUUUAAAGCUCAGCUGGAGAAGGCAGGAGUGGAACACCAGCUCCGACGAGAAGUAGAGAUACAGUCCCACCUCCGGCAUCCUAAUAUUCUCAGACUAUAUGGCUAUUUCCAUGAUGCCACUAGAGUGUACCUAAUUCUUGAAUAUGCGCCCCUUGGAACAGUCUACAGAGAACUCCAGAAGUUGUCCAAGUUUGAUGAGCAGCGAACUGCUACUUAUAUCACGGAGUUGGCGAAUGCCCUGUCCUACUGUCAUUCAAAGAGGGUUAUUCAUAGAGACAUCAAGCCAGAGAACCUGCUGCUCGGAUCAGCGGGAGAGCUUAAGAUCGCAGACUUCGGGUGGUCAGUCCAUGCGCCAUCCUCCAGGAGAACCACUCUGUGUGGCACGCUGGAUUACUUGCCCCCGGAGAUGAUCGAAGGCCGCAUGCACGACGAGAAGGUGGAUCUCUGGAGCCUUGGAGUCCUCUGCUAUGAAUUUUUAACCGGGAAGCCUCCCUUUGAGGCCCACACAUACCAAGAGACCUACCGAAGAAUAUCCCGGGUUGAAUUCACAUUUCCUGAGUUUGUGACAGAGGGAGCCAGGGACCUCAUUUCCCGACUGCUGAAGCAUAGUGCAAGCCAGCGGCCAACGCUAGGAGAAGUACUUGAACACCCCUGGAUUAUAGCCAACUCGUCAAAACCACCAAGUUGCCAAAAGAGCAAAGAAUCGACUAGCAAAGAAUCUCACUGAACCUGGGGAGAGCCAGGGCUGCCGUACAACGUUCUGGAACAUGUACCGAGAUUAUCUUCCGUUGACUGCCUGCCGGCGCUGGAGCGCUGCGGGACGGUGCUCACCCAGCUGAGCAGCCCCACCUCCGCCGUGCAGGGCUCCACAAAUGUGAUACUCGGAGGCCACAAGGAUCCGGCUGCUCUCACUGGUUUCAUAAUCUGGAGGCAAUCCCCGCAAUGUCCACAUGUCCUCAGUGGGACACCAGUUCUGUCAGCCCAGUGGCAAGGAAAGUGACCAUUUUGCCUGGCUCAGCCAGCUGGAGCUGUCCAGUGGCCUUGAAGUGCCUGAGCGUGUGUGUAACUUAUUGGAUGGCCCCGCCUGGGAAAGCUGUUGGAAUGUGUAUGUGGUUCGUUCUUUUAAAUGUUAAAAUAAAGAUUUG